GUUACUUUAUAGGAGAUCUCGAUUGGGGGUAUGAUCUCAAGAUUUCCCCUCUGUAGUUCGACGGAGCUCCACCCUCUCCCACAUUUGCCGACACAUGGAUAUCAUUCUCUUGUCAUCUUCUCAUCACUUUCCAUAACGCUCAUUGAUAUUUGCCGCAGGCAUCCAUGGCUCCGCCAUUAGACGCAAUUGUUGAAAGGCAAAUUGCAUCUCUGUCAAUACUUUUCGUUCUCGCAACUGGGAUUUUCGGCCUUCGAUUAUUCACUCGGAUUGUACAUUCUAUGACCUACCGACUAUUGUUAGAUGAUUGUUGCAUCAUUGUUGCGUGGAUGCUGUUCGCUACCCAGUUGUUCCUUCGAGUCGCAGUGCUUAAUGCCACAUCUCUAGUUCCUGUCGUCCUGUUGGUUAAGAGGAACGCGGACAUGAGCCAUGUAGCUGGGGUCAUGGCAAAUGUGGCAUGGUCGCUUGCCAAGACAUCUUUCAUCUUCACUCUAUUGCAGCUCGUCACCGGAAAAUUGCGAUGGCUUUUGUGGUUCAUCAUGGUGACCAUGAACGUUACUGUGGCGACAUGGGUACCCUUAUUCGAAAACCCAUGUGGUCCUCGUUCUCAUUUGCCGUGCAUGACAGGUAGACAGGCACUCAACUUUGCUGUCUUUGCUUCCGCUUAUUCAGUCUUUUUGGACUUCCUCCUAUCGUUACUGCCAUGGAAGAUCAUAUGGCCGCUGCACCUCAGCACAAAGGACAGAAUUGGUAUAUGUGUGGCCAUGAGCAUGGGAUUUGGUGCUGGAGCAACAGGAAUUGUCAAGAUAUUCCACCUUUUCAGCUUCAAUCCGUUGGAUAAUAACAAAUUAGGGGGUCUUUUUAUAUGGGAAAGUGCUGAGAUAGCAGCGACUAUCAUGGCCGCGUCAAUCCCCGUGCUUCGGAAGCUCUCUCUCAGCCGCAGGAGACACAAUGUCGCACCUAACAUGCGGGAAAAUCAUGAAGAAGCGAUGAGAUCAAGCUUCAGACGACAGUUACGCAUGGUCGGUCUCGGUAGUCAAGUUACAGAAAACACCAACACGACUCAAGCUGCUCCAUCAACAAUUCUUGGGCCAACUCAAGAGGAAGCGACCGUGGUUUGAAUAGGAGCGCAGGUUAGUAUUAAUAUUGAGCCUUGAGGUGUAAUGGCCCAAUAGAAAGAAAGUGUACAGAGAGAUAAGACUUUCUUAGCUUCUUUCUUCUAGCAGAUGCAUUUCUUGACUGGUACCAGUCCAGAACUCAAUCAUUUCGAAAAUGAGAUUAGAGCUAAUACCCAAGUCCGCAUAUAACGGGGAAAGGUCCUUCAAUUGCCUGGGCCC